AUGGACAGAGCUUACCCAAUCCAAUUUACUGACAGUGUCGCUGCGCUCCCUCCGACUGCCCCACGCAAUCAUGCUCAUAUGAUCAACUUGGCCAUCGAGAAAAUUCCCAAGAAUAUUAUGCUACAAGACGCUGUCGUCACAUUACUCCAUCAAACAUCGUCCAUGGCCCUCGAUAUGUUCCUCGCUAACACAAAAGCAUUCCAUAUGGGAUACAUACCCAAGAGCAAUAAUAGUGAUGACUGUCUCGUCAUCAUGAGAAGAGGUGACAAGGUACUAGUUGGCCAGUAUUCCAAACACAAGACCUCAGCCUCACCAGCACUUGAAUUUCAAAAUCUUAUACGCUACUCCAUCGCCUCAGAUGGCGCCUGGACAAUCACAGACGCUACGUACAACGAUUAUUUUCGUCCAAGCUGGGAAGACGUUUGGGCGGGAAGGACAGUUGACAUUGGUCCUGGAGAUAUCAAUGGCAAGACUACAGAUGAGGAUCUGUUUAUGAGGGAUCUUUUGGCUUUGCAGGCUGCGCACCACAUCUUGUCGCGCAAGUUCUGGGACGACAAGACAUUCAUCUACUCGGCCGUGUUUUAG